UAGUCAGCUGGGCUGGUUGCAGAUGCAGAAUGCAUGCAUUGCAAACUGCAAAGAAGGGAACAAGUGAUAAAAAGGCAGUAGCCCAGCAUACCGGGUUUUAUUUACAUUUAUAUUUUUAGAAAUCGGCAUUAUUUCAUAAUUUCCAUUUCUCAGCCUUAUGAUGGGGGAGCAAAAGCGCGUACCUCCUAAAUCAAUACAAAAGUUACUGAAAGUUGAUGCCUACUUAACGAACUUGUUUUGCACAUUAGCUGACAAGUUUGUACCACUGCGGUCUUUGAGAACUCAUUACAAAGUGUUGGAGGUGUCAUGUCACGGUUUGGUCUGGUUCGGUUGCUGGCUUGCCUCCAUCUGGAUAUUAUGGCAGCCUUCUCUUUUUGAAAUGCAAGUCAAUUUUUAUUUAGGUCUUAUCAUAGACGUGGUAGCCGUAGCUGUGUUGAAGGCAACGGUGCGUAGGGCGCGGCCAGCGGUCAACAAAGACGAUAUGUUCAUGACGUUGGGGCCCGACAAGUAUGGAUUCCCAUCAGGCCACGUGUCCCGCGCUGUCUUCAUCACGUGCUUCUUCACGCACCUCUACCCGCUCAGCAUCAUCUUCUACCCGCCACUCCUUGCCUGGUCGGUUUCUGUCUCAGUGUCGAGGAUCUUGCUUCGCAGACAUCACAUCCUUGACGUUCUUGCCGGUGCAUUACUUGGUUUCUUGGAGAUUGGCUUGUUAUCUCUGUUAUGGCUCAGCAAAGACUCAUCAAUUUGGUUGGUAUCGUACAUAUCAGAUGAGAAAAUCGAAGGAGGAGAAUACCAUGUAUGAUGUUACCAAAGACUUGAUAAUCGUUUGUGUGUGACUGUGUGCUUCAUGUUUUGGUUUGUUUCAAUAGACAAUUUUCAGUCAAUAUGGAAUCAUGAUCAUAAAAUCAUAACAUAAUAAAUAAGUGUCUACAUUUUUUGAAAAA